GGAGGAGGAUUCCGCUUGAUGCAACACCAGAAGUAAACGUCACUUCCCAAAUGAUCAUCUGACGUGUCCAAAACAGUUUUCCACCGGUGUUGGGGUUUCCACGCGUGGGAUAUUUUAUCGGACGUUUAAUUGUAAGCCGAUCCGCGGUGACAAGAUGUUGGAUUUCUUCACCAUCUUCAGCAAAGGGGGGAUAGUGCUGUGGUGUUUUCAGGGCGCCGGGGUUUCCGAGUCUUUUACGGGCCCAGUCAACGCUCUGAUCCGCUCCGUGAUCCUGCAGGAGCGCGGUGGGAACAACUCCUUUACUCAUGAAGCUCUGAGUCUGAAAUACAAACUGGACAACGAGUUUGAGUUGAUAUUUGUGGUGGGUUUUCAGAAGAUCCUCACACUGACUUAUGUGGACAAGUUUAUAGAUGAUGUCCAGCUUCACUUCAGGGAUCGCUAUAAGAAUGAGUUGGAGCAGAAAGGAGCCCUGAAGCUGCUCAACAGCAGCUUUGACUUUGAGGACAGGUUCAAAAAACUACUAAGAGAGGCGGAGGAAUCCAGUAAAGUCCGAAGCCACGCCCCCAUGCGGUCAUUUAAGGAGUCAGAGAAAUCCCAAAAAACUGUGAAGUCAAUGAUUGAGACGAAGGGUGGAGAGAAGGCGAAGGAACCAGGAGGCAAAAAGAAUAAAAAUACCAAAAAGGAGGCUCCUGCAGUCGAGCCUGCCAAAGGAGAUCAAAUUAAGACCUCGCCGCCUGGCCAGAAGGCGGCUGUAAAUGGUAACAAAGACUUGACCCCUGAGGAGAUCAUGCAGAAGAAGAGAGAGGAUUUCUUCCGCAAGCGCUCUGUACCUGCUGAAAAACCAGUAAAAUCCCCAAAGCCCCAAAAGCCAAAGGAAAAACAGAUGCGUGUUUGGGGCAACGCAGGCAGCAGCAUCAAGAACCUGGACUAUAGCGACAAGAACGGAGUAGCUGCUUCUGAGGAGAAGAACAUGGAAGCACAAUUCGACCCAGUAAGUUUCCUCGGUGCACAAUUAGUUGCAGCUUUACUCACACAGAGGGUAAAAUCUGGGACGUUUUUUCUGGAAAUUCAGGUGGAGGGUAUGAAGGGCGACCUGCGUUCUGUGGACUACGAGUCUAGCGAGGAGGUAGAGCUGGAGGAAGAGGAGGAGGAGGAGGAGGAAGUAGGUGUCAGUGAAAAAACCCAGACCAGUUCCAAAAAGAGUGGCGGCUUUGGAGGGAUGUUUGGGAUGCUGAAGGGUCUUGUGGGCUCUAAGAGCCUUUCCCGUGAGGACAUGGAGCCGGUGCUGGAGAAAAUGAGGGAACACCUCAUCGCUAAGAACGUAGCAGCGGAUAUUUCCUUCCAGUUGUGCGAAUCUGUUGCUAAGAAACUGGAGGGAAAAGUCAUGGGCACGUUCACCACUGUUGCUUCCACAGUGAAGCAGGCCCUGCAGGACUCCCUGGUGCAGAUCCUGCAGCCCAAGCGCAGAGUGGACAUCCUGAGAGACGUCAUGGAGGCUCAGCGCCAGCGCAGGCCCUUCGUCGUCACAUUUUGUGGCGUCAAUGGGGUCGGCAAGUCUACCAACUUAGCCAAGAUCUCCUACUGGCUGAUUGAAAACGGUUUCAGCGUGCUGAUCGCUGCUUGCGACACUUUCCGUGCGGGCGCGGUGGAGCAGCUUCGCACUCAUCAGCGGCGCCUGAACUCACUGCACCCACCAGAGAAGCAUGGGGGUCGCCCAGUGAUCCAGCUCUAUGAGAAGGGAUACGGGAAAGAUGCAGCGGGAAUUGCAAUGGAGGCUAUUGCCUACGCUCGGAACCAGGCUUUUGAUGUGGUGCUGGUGGACACCGCUGGGCGAAUGCAGGACAACGCCCCCCUGAUGACGGCUCUGGCUAAACUGAUCGCUGUCAACAUGCCUGAUUUGGUGCUGUUCGUUGGAGAGGCUCUGGUGGGAAAUGAAGCAGUUGACCAGCUGGUGAAGUUUAAUCAAGCUCUGGCUGACCACUCAAUGUCUGACAAGCCUCGCCUCAUCGAUGGAAUUGUUCUCACAAAGUUUGACACCAUUGAUGACAAGGUUGGUGCAGCCAUCUCCAUGACUUACAUCACGGGCCAGCCCAUUGUGUUCGUGGGCACAGGGCAGACCUACAACGACCUGCGCAGCCUCAACGCCCACGCUGUGGUCAGCGCCCUCAUGAAGGCUUAACGAGCAGCUGUCAUCGGUUUUCAAUACAAGCCAACGGUACACUUGCCCCGCUGCCAUCAGACGUUCCAGCACCAUUAGCCCACCAUACAUGCUUGUUUGCUUUCCAACCAAACUUGCAGACAAUAAACUCAAUUGACGGACAUAUGUGCACCUCAGAACGCUUUCCUUGAAACCCAGUGGAGCCUUCCUUUGAACGAUUAUUUAUUUUUUUUGGGCCAAAAUAGUGUAUUUCAGAUCAACUAACAUGGCAUUUUAACUGGACUUUUAUCAAAUCUUACUGGUUUCAACUGCAGAACGUUGGCAUUGUGUCCCUCAAUCACCUCAACUUCAUGGAAAUUGGGUUUCCUGUUCCCAAGGAGAGCUUAGCAACCAUAGUGCCUCUUUUUUGAUCUCUUAUUUAAUAUAUUACGCGGAUGGUUAACCAACAGAGAUACAGUUCCAGGUGAGAAUCCUACUAAAAGAUUAGAAGUGACGGCUGGAUUUAAAAUUGAGCAUUUCUUCAGUUUAACUGAACUAAACUGCAUAAAGAAGCUAAAUCAUUAUGGAUGGUGGUCCUUUAUAAAUCAGAACAAAACAUCUUAAUCAUUAACUGUACUGUCUUUGCUUCAUUUGGAUGUUCCCUUUUAAAUAUUCUUCUUUACAUGACCCCCCCACCCCCACGUUCAUUAUUGAUUAGAAAAUAAUAUUUAAGUCAGAUGAACUUUCCCAUUGUGUCACCUUACAACCAAAAACUGCAAUGUAUUUUAUGUACUUGAGUAUUUCCUGAUUAAAUUUCAAGAAAACUAUUUUUGGCUUUCCAAAAGUUUUAUUUUUUAUAACUUAAAUUGAGGAAAGACACGUGCAAAUGUCUUCGAACCCCCUUAUUUAAUACAUGACAGCUUCAAGCCUUGAUUACAUCUAUAAGCUAUGCACAUCUGGAAUAAACCUUUUCAUUUUGGUUUUGAGAGAUUUGCCUAGCUUGGAUUAAAAAAUUUUCAAGUAUCUGGCUUUGCUGUUUCUAAACUAACUAAUAAACUUUAAUCUAAAACAUGCCCCUGCAGCUCUGGCUGAACCUAAAGUUUCCUGCUGGAAUUUGAGCCUUUACUCCUCUGCAGCCCCUUAGUUUGCCCUUCCAGGAUUGGUCCGUAUGUAGCACCACUCAUCUUCCCAUUAACUCUUCCUUGUGAAGAAAAGCAUCCUCACAGCAUGAUGCUGUCACCACCAUGUGUUACUGUGUGGAUGGUGUGUUCAGCAUACUAUACAAUGUAUUUUUUUUUUCUUCUGUUUGCAACAUCCUGGUAGAAUAGCACUGAAGUUUGUGGUUGUAAAGUGUGACCAAACAGACAAAACUUGUUUUUACGUCCUAUCAGUCUCAGAUUUGAGACUGUGCUGUUUUUGUUUGUUUUAAUCAAAGUUAUGAGACCCUUUUGUUUUAAUUUCCCUUUUAAUUUGAUGUUUUUUUUUCAGUGGAAAUCUAAGUUUAAAGUUCUGUAGCCCAUCCUUUAAGGUCUGAUAGUGCAAUACCAGAGAAUCAAGGAUCAAACUGGCAUUUUGAACUAAUUUAUGAGAAUGUAAACAUUUCUAAAUAAAGCUGCUAUAUGCUGAGUU